UCCGCGAACACUUGGUAACCAAGCCUCCACGAAUUGUCGCGUAACCAAUGUCAACAAACAAUAUGGCCAAAAUGGGUUUCUUGUUCGAUUUGGUCAGCAAAGACAAGCUUUUUCAAAAACUUUUCAACGAUGCAGACCAAAAAAACACUGGAGAACUUGAUGGCGAACAACUUCAAGCGGUUCAUGCGUCAAUACGGCCGGGAGGAAUCAGCAUUCGGCAAACCGAGGCAUCAAUUUCCGAAAUAUGUGCCGCCGAAACUUGCGAUAUUUAUGAAUUUUUCGACGUUUUAAACGAAAUGGAUCGACGUUAUUUUCUUGUAAAGGACCUACAAUGGGAGUUCGCUAUGUUAGAUGGAAAACAGUGUGGUACUAUAAGCGAAAAAGAUGCUAGAUUUCUAUUUCAAGCUGUAUACGAUGAAUUUUUUUCACAUAGACGAUGGUUAGAGUUUCUCAAAGCUCGUCGUGUGCCGGGAAGCGGGAUUAGUUUUGCUGAGAUCGAGGUUGAACUGUGUAAUAUUCCUUCAGCUGAAUGGCUUGAGCAAGAUGCCAAGGAGGAAGAGAGAGAACGUGGAGGUACACACCCCUACCCACCUCAUAUAGAACCCUACCUUCAUGGCCCACUGGGGGUGGGGUGUUGCCCCCCCCCCCUCUAUUGCCCACAAACACUUAUCGAGGAUGCAACCCUCUACCAGUUGUGGCAUUGUCCAACCUCCUGAAAACCUACUCGCCCCCCCCCUCUCCGCUCAGAUAGGGCGAGGCCUGCCUCUAAUACUCAAUAUUGUAGGCUUCUGGUGAUAUAAUUUUUAGGGGGUAACAAUUGGGUUAAACAUUCAAUUUAGAACUGGUGAAAGCUCAGCAAGCUAAGCUUCAUGAAGAAGAAGGAAAACUUAAAAAGGCACAUGAAUUGAAACAAAAAGGUGAGUAAAUGUAGUGAUAGUCCAACUCACAAUAUGAUCAAGUCACUUACAGAGAACUUUCAUUGUAGAGAAAGAAGCAGAGGAGAAUCGCUUGAGAAAGGAGAAAGAAAAGAAUGACUUUAGAAAGAAACAACUGAAAGAAAAAGAAGAUGAGAAAAUUAAGAAAGAAAAAAGUAUGUAGUGAUUUUGUAAUGAUUUUGUCCUUCAGUUUAUUAGUGUUCUUGAAAUGUUGUGUUCUACUGUUAUUACAAAACAAGUUUCUUACUUAUUAUUCUAUUUGGGCUUUUUUAGAAAAAGCAAAAGAGGAAGGUUAGUACAUUUAAUUUUGAUCUUUAUGAAUGAGAAACAAAAUCAUGAUCUCUGAGGGUGAAAUGCAGUUGCUAUGGUGGCCAGCAAAGACCCUGAAUCAAUAUUCCACAACUCUCUGUCAAAUGUUAUGCCCAAAUUACAUGCAUCCAUCCAGAAUUAAAGGCCAAUCUGAGAACCUAGGGUAAAUCCACACACCAUCAAAUGAUUAUUUUCCAACCCGACAUUUCAACUUUCCAGAAAGACGACGGAAAGAGGAAGCUGCACGCAAAAAGGAAGAGGAAGCUCGUCUGAGAGCAGAAGAAAACAUGAUGCAUCGAGAAGAAGAGAUGGAGAGACAAAUGGCAGAAGAAUUAAGAAAGAGAGAAGAACAGGAAGCAAGUCAGAAAUGGAAGAAAGAAGAAUUGUUACGUCAGCAGGAGGAAGACCAAGAAAGACUAGAGAGAGGUACACAUCAUCACAAAAUAUGACAGUUUGUACGAUACAGGACAACACUUGACGACACUUUCUCACAUGCAACUGAGGUGAAAUUCUGGUCAGAUAAAUGCAUAUUGCAAGAAUCAAAUCGCUGUUGCAGUGGCAGAAAGUACACACACUAAUGACUGUGUUGUCAUGCACUAAUGACUGUGUUGCCAUGCACUAAUGACUGUGUUGCCAUCCAUUAAUGACUGUGUUGCCAUGGACAAACAACUGUGUCACUAUGCACUAAUGACUGUGUUGCCAUCCACUAAUGACUGUGUUGCCAUGCACUGUAUUUCAUAGAACGAGCAGAGCGAGAAUUGCUAGAGAAUGCAGAAGCAGAUCAAGCAGAAGAAAUGGCAGAUGUUGCAGCUGAAGCAGAAGAAGAAGCUGUUGAGACAGCAAGAUUAGCUGCUGAAGCUGCCAAACAGGUAACAAGCUGCAGUUUCAUAUUUGACUUACUCAAGAAAUUUGUAUUUUUGUAUUUUGCUGGCAGGAAGAGAAAUUUCCAAGCCUGUGGUUGUCACUGACACUAUCUAUAUCUUGUUUUUUCCAACAGGCCCAAGACGAAGAGAGUCGUAAAGCAGCACAAGAAGCAGAGAAGAAAGCCCUGGCUGAAGCUCAAGCGAACAAAGAGAGGAAACAUAGAGCGUCUCUUAAAGCUGCUCAGAAAUCAAGAAAGUUGGAAAAACUUGAUAAGUGUAUCAAACAGGCAAAAGAGGCCAAAAUGCCAAGUAUGUGGCCAACUUUUUUAUUCUACAUAGCUCUAUCACAACCUCAUGUUCCUGUUGUAUUAGACAUACACCCUCUCGCCUCGCGUUUGUAGUCUCACAUAUGACAGCCCCUCAUACUGUAUUUAUCACUUGUGAAACUCAUCAAUAAUUCAUGAAGAAAGCUUGUACGAAAUCAUGAGCGUGAAGGUUCGUAUAUCUGCUACAAAAUCAUGCUGAUUGACAUAAACUUUAAGUUCAAUUUUCUCAACAAAUAUCAUUAAUUUAUUUUUAAUUGUUGAAGAAUACGAAUGUUCUCAUCAAGAAAUUUCACAAGCCAUUUACAACAUUUACGUCCGUGUUUCCGCUCAAGUUUGUAUAUCUGAUACAACACUGUCACUCAUGUUAUAAAUAGUACUACAACCUCUCGCGUCGAGUUUGUAUAUCUGAUACAACGUACACGGCCCCUCUUGUUGUAUUUAUCGCAUAUCUAUAUCAUUUCAGAUUUAAAGGCGCCCAUAGAGGACGCGGAGAAGACUCGACAUGAAGUACAACUUGGUAAGAACCUGAAAGAAGCCUGUCAGGGAAGAAACUUAGAACGCUUAGAGAAAGCUAUCAAAGACGUGAAGAAAGCUGGACUGGACGAGUACUACAGCGUAGAGCUCAACGAAGCCGAGAGACUGACCAAUAGACUAAGACGGCUAGAACGGAUACGUCAGGAAAUACUUGAGUUAAAACAAAGCACAAUAUCAGAAAUACGAAGUUACCAGAAUCCACCACCAGCCGUGCACCAGGUGAUGAUCGCGACGUAUCUACUUUUGGAGUAUAAAGAGAAACCGCUCAAAAAUUGGAAAAAUAUUCAAGCUCUGCUAGGGAAGACGGGUAAGGAAGGGUUGAAGAGGCAAGUGACCACCUUAGAUCCAGUCAAAGUCAGCGAUUCUGUUGCAGAUUAUACGGAGACGCAGUAUUUGAAACAACAUCAGUUGGAUACGAUCAGAGAUGUGAGCGCUGGAGCCGCAACGUUUUAUGUCUGGGUAAGGAAAAUAGAUUACAGGUUUCUCAACUGUGGCUUAAGAUAAUAACUGUGAUGAGAAUUGUGAAGCGAGAGUUCGCAUGAGCGUUUUCUCAACUCUCAUGCCGCAGUCAAAUGAGAACAAGAAAAUAAAUGACAUGUUUCUCAACUGGGGCUUAAGAUAAUGACUGUGAUGAGAAUUGUGAAGCGAGAGUUUGCAUGAUAGUUUUCUCAACUUUCAUGCCCCGGUCAAAUGAGAACAUGCACAAGAGUUGCACGAGAGUCGAUAUGAGAGUUGAUGAGAGUUGAGAAGCGAGAGUUUGCAUAAGAGUUUUCUCAACUUUCAUGCCCCGGUCAAACGAAAACAAAAGUUGCAUGCGAGUCGAUAAGAUAGCGAAUAUUACCGCGCGAUAGCGAAAACUCUCAAUAACUCUCAUUUCAUUAAAAUUUGAACCAGUUUAAGUCAAUGAGAGUUGAUGGUCAGGCGUGAGCGAGAGUUACAACUCUCGUCCUUUUUGAGCGCGGCUUAACCGUUACGAUAUUGAUUUUCAGGCAACAAACAUGAUCGAAGAGGCAAGAGCGUGUGUAGAACAACGAGCCAAGCUUGCGGAGGAAGAAGAAAAGCGGAAGGCGGAAGAAGCGGAGGAGCGGCGUAAAGCGCAGGAGAAGGAGAAAGAACGGCAAGACGCACGUCAACGACGACAACAGCAACGAAACUCGCAGAGACAAACACAAAGAACCAGCGUCACUGAUCCAGGUAGACGUCGUUCUGGCAGCCAGGGACUGGAAGUGAGUCGUAAGACAUCACGUGAGGUGAGUCCCGUGACGUCACCCGUCAGACGGAAGGAAUCACACGGCGCCCGUGUUCAAGUUUCUAAGAAAGAUUCUAAGUCACGUGAAGUUAGCCCGGUGACGUCACCAACUAGACGAAAGGUGUCACAAGGUCAGCGGCCUGGAGCGAGUGGAAAGGACAAUGCACAAGGAUUACAUGUAUCUAGGAAACAAUCUAGAUCACGUGACGUUAGCCCAGUGACGUCACAACCGUCAAGAAAAGAUGGCGGGGGACAGGCAAAGGCUUAGAUGGCUGAUAUUUAUCGUAUUUAUUGUAGUGUGUAAACUCUCGCGCGCAGAGCAAACUAGGAAAUAUUGUUAACAAUUGACUUUCUUACCUAUGCCAAAGAUGGGAAAACCAGAAAAUAUUGAUAAACUUUCCUAGCCGUGUUUUCCAAACCAUGCUUUCCUCCAAAGAUAGGAAAAACAGCAAACAUUGUUUGACUUUCUACCCAUGCCACACAGCUGCAUCGGGAACUAUAAAAGGAAUUUUUAAAAAAUGAAAAAUAGAACAAUAUUUCCCCCUUUCUUAUCGCUCAUAUGUAACCACACCCAAUAUCGCUCAUGUAUUUAAUUGUGUACGUAUUUAAUAUGUAAUUCACACGCCCCUCGUGGAAACCAGCUUAAAGUUGACGAGGCUAGCGUGUGACUUUUAAAUAAAGUUUUACUACUACUACUGCUACUGCUACUAUGAUGUAACCACACCGAAUAUAUGGGCGGUCCAUGUCUAGUUUAUAUUAACUUUGGAAAGUGUAAGGAUAGUUUGGAACGCAUUGAUCGUGAGUUGUAAUUUUGUAUUAUAGCUUUGUUAAAGUUUGUAAACCCUGUCUCUAUUGUUUUACAAUGUCAAUGUAAUGCGUAGGUAGGACUUAAUUUGGGACUCCUUAGUUCUGUUGUCUGUACCUUCAAUCGUUUUGUUGAUUGUAAAGUUUGUAAAUAAAUAAAUAAAAAACCUACUGCCCGAGGUAAACGCGAGGUAAUAAAGCUACCUCGGUCAAGAACACACGCCUGGAAAGCAGUCUAUAAACUUUUUUUUACGAAAG